AUGGAGCGCGCCGCGCCCCGCAGCCCCGUCCCGCCGCCGCCGCUGCCGCUGCUGCUGCUCGGCGGCCUCUCGCUGCUGGCGGCCCGAGUGGGCGCCGAGGUCCCCGUGGAAGCCUGCUGCGCAGAUGGCCAGCGGACGGCCGCCCAGCACAGGGCCUGCGCGCUGACCUUCUCCUCAGAGUCCAAGGAGUGCAGGAUAGCUCAGGAACAGUGCUGCUACAGCCAGCUGGAGGAGCUGCACUGUGCCACGGGCAUCAACCUGGCCGGCGAGCAGGACGGCUGUCCGCAGCCGCAGGAGAACACCACCACCCCCCUGGAGGCCAUCUUCAUCAAGAAGUGCUGCCACUGCUGCCUGCUGGGGAGAGCGGCCCAGGCGGGGGGCCGGAGCUGCGAGCCCAGCCUUCUGCUCGGCUACCAGUGCGGCCUGGUGUUCCGGGCCUGCUGCGUGAAGGGCCAGGAGAACGCCGACUCCACCCCCGGGGACCCAGGGGACCUCGGAGACAGCGCUAAGACUGCCGAGCCCGACGAGGAGCAAGAAGACCCCUACCUGAAUGACCGCUGCCGAGGUGGUGGCCCCUGUAAGCAGCAGUGCCGGGACACGGGAGCUGAGGUGGUCUGCUCCUGCUUUGUGGGUUACCAGCUGCUGGCUGACGGUGUCUCCUGCGAAGAUAUCAACGAGUGCAUCACAGGCAGCCACAACUGCCGUCUGGGAGAGACGUGCAUCAAUACCGUGGGCUCCUUCCGCUGCCAGCGGGAGAGCAGCUGUGGGACCGGCUACGAGCUCACCGACGACAACAACUGCAAAGAUAUUGACGAAUGUGAGAGUGGUAUUCAUAACUGCCCCCCCGAUUUUAUCUGUCAGAAUACUCUGGGAUCCUUCCGUUGCAGACCCAAGCUGCAGUGCAAGAGCGGCUUUAUUCAGGACGCUCUAGGCAGCUGCAUUGAUAUAAAUGAGUGUUUAAGUAUCAGUGCCCCGUGCCCCGUGGGGCAGACGUGUAUCAAUACAGAGGGCUCGUACACGUGCCAGAAGAACGUGCCCAACUGUGGCCGCGGCUACCACCUCAACGAGGAGGGCACGCGCUGCGUUGACGUGGACGAGUGCUCGCCCCCCGCCGAGCCCUGCGGGCCGGGGCACCGCUGCACCAACGUCCCCGGCAGCUUCCGCUGCGAGUGCAAGGCCGGCUUCUAUUUCGACGGCGUCAGCAGGACAUGCGUGGACAUCAACGAGUGCCAGCGCUACCCCGGGCGCCUGUGUGGCCACAAGUGCGAGAACACGCCCGGCUCCUACCACUGCAGCUGCUCCGCGGGCUUCCGGCUCUCCGUGGACGGCCGCUCCUGCGAGGACGUGAACGAGUGCCACAGCAGCCCCUGCAGCCAGGAGUGCGCCAACGUCUACGGCUCCUACCAGUGCUACUGCCGGCGAGGCUACCAGCUCAGCGACGUGGACGGGGUCACCUGCGAAGACAUUGACGAGUGCGCCCUGCCCACGGGCGGCCACAUCUGCUCCUACCGCUGCAUCAACGUCCCCGGGAGCUUCCAGUGCAGCUGCCCCUCGUCCGGCUACCGCCUGGCCCCCAAUGGCCGCAACUGCCAAGACAUUGACGAGUGCGUGACCGGCAUCCACAACUGCUCCGUCAACGAGACCUGCUUCAACAUCCAGGGCGGCUUCCGCUGCCUGUCCUUCCAGUGCCCCGAGAACUACCGCCGCUCCGCAGACACGCUCCGUCAAGAGAAGACAGACACGGUCCGCUGCAUCAAGUCCUGCCCGCCCGGAGACAGGGCCUGCGUGCAGGACCCGGUGCACACGGUCUCCCACACCGUCAUCUCGCUGCCCACCUUCCGCGAGUUCACCCGCCCCGAAGAGAUCGUCUUCCUACGGGCCGUCACGCCAAUGUACCUUGCCAACCAGGCCGACAUCAUCUUCGACAUAACAGAAGGGAACCUGAGAGACUCCUUUGAUAUCAUUAAGCGCUAUGUGGGCAACAUGACUGUGGGUGUGGUGCGCCAGGUGCGGCCCAUCGUGGGCCCGUUCCACGCCGUGCUGAAGCUGGGCAUGAGCUACGUGGUGGAGGGCGUGGUCUCCCACCGCAAUGUCGUCCACGUCCACAUCUUCGUCUCCGAGUACUGGUUCUGAGCGCCGGGCGGGUCAGCGCAGCCUCCCGGCCGAGCCGGUGCAGGCCGGCGGUGCCCGUGCCGGUUCGCACCCCACCAGCUCUCACGUACUGGUUUGUAGCGUUAGGCGACCAUGUAUCAAGCCGUGCCUGAUGGAGAA